CGUAUUGAAAAAAAGUAGGAUUUGUUUUUGGUUGGAAAUUUGACCGGGCGUCCUUUAGCUCAUCGCCCUUCAACUCACAGUUCACCAUCUCUCGGCCAUCAUAGAUCGUAAGCAAGCGUUAAAAUCAUGGCUGGAACGAUUGCACGCAAAGCGAUAGACCACGUGAAGAGCAAAGAUUUUAGAGACUACUUGAUGAGCACGCAUUUCUGGGGUCCAAUAGCAAACUGGGGUCUCCCUAUAGCUGCCUUCAGUGACAUGAAAAAGAGCCCCGAGAUCAUCAGUGGCAGGAUGACCUUUGCUCUGUGUUGUUACUCGCUGCUCUUCAUGCGUUUUGCAUACAAGGUGCAACCACGUAACUGGCUGCUCUUUGCCUGCCAUAUGACCAACGAGUCAGCACAGCUAGUGCAGGGUGCUCGCCUCAUCAAGUUCAACAUGGAGAAGAAGACAUCUUAGUGAUGAAACAAAGCGUUCCCUAUUCACCACACUGACAAAAGAAGCUACACGAACGUGUGCAUUUGUCUCAUCACUGAAGCAGUGGCUGUGAUUUCUGCCCCUCUUAACAAUGAUUGAUCACCCAUAUGAAAUUAUUUGCCACAUUUUACAAAACGAGAGAGUAUUUUAUUCUUUAAUUUAUAUUUGCAUGAGUCACUGUGGGUGAAUGCACUUAGCACUCUCGAUCAGAUGGUUACAGUGUGACAUCAUUUUAAUUUGUAUUCUUUUUUCAACAUCUUGUUGAAAAUGUUUUCCUGCAAACUUUGCAGUUUGAAAUUGGGCGAUUUUAGGGUUAAAUUUGACAGGAGGAAGACACAGAGCAAUAGAGACUGUUACGCUUGAAAUGAAAAGAAAAUAUUCGGUCGAAUGUGGCAAAAUGGUGAUGCUGACUGGAUGUGAUUAUUUGGCUAGCAAAUAUGCAAACCAACUGUAUACUGUGUGUUAUAUUGUGUCUUUCCAAAUCAAAAUGUCCCUUGUUAAUUAUGUAAAAAUAAACUGGCUAAAGCCAACUCAA